AGAGAAGGAGCCAUAGCCACUGAGAGAUAGCAGCAGUCUGAGUGAGUGAGUGAGUGAGUGAGUGAGUGUGUGUGUAUGUGUGUGUGUGCAUGUGUGUGUCUGAGAGCUGAGAGCGGAGAAAGAGCUGUAAACAUUUUUCACCCUGGAGUAGGCCGGACAGGAGGAGGGAUUCCACAGACUUUGUGCCUUUUUCAAACUUGCCCUGAAAGCUGACCUCCAGGUUUUUGUCAGUGUGCACCGGCAGGGACUGUGCUAAGGGAGAGAAGUCGGAGGCAGCAGCAGGGCUGCCAACACCAGAAGAAAGAGAGAGACAGAGAGAGAGGGAAAAGCCAAACUGCUCUAAAGGAAAGGAACCAUGCAUGUGGAUGCUGCUGUCUUCUGUGGGAUCAGGUUUCGCAAAAUGAGAAACCACUCCAAGAGCACUUCAUCAGGACUCACCCAGCUCAGAGAGGAUGCCAGCUGCUAGCACCAUGACCGGCGGGAGGGCCCUGCUGCUCUGUACGAACACUGACAACUGUAUCUACCAAUCAGUCAACGGGCUCCAGUGCUGUGGCUUGAAGGUUGGGGAGGCUCCGUCAUCUGUGGUGCCGCAGCCCCAAGAGGUGUGCGGGUCACCGGGUGACAGAGACAGGAGAGACGCUGCCGUGUCCUCCAAGCGGCCCCUCUCACCCCUGCUCAGCCUGAGCGACAGCCCGGGGCCUCCUGACACCAUGCUGGCUCACAGGAGAGCCACCACCACCUCCGACCCACGGACUCCCAACAUGGAGAACGGACUAUGUGGCAAACUGAACCACAGCAAGAGCCCAGAAGGACUCAAGACUGCCAGCAUCCGCGAUAAGAUCUCACAAUGGGAGGGCAAAAAGGAGCCGGCCCAACCGGCCUCUACGGGGACAAUUCCACUGAGCACGACACAAAAGGAAGUAGAGACAGUGAGGAAAAAGGAAUCUAAAACUUCAGAGGUCCAAAGGACAGACAGCAAGCGGUUUGUCGGCUGGGACAGACAAGACUCAGGGAAGGAGAACGUUGGAAAGCUGGGGGAUUCAAGGUCAAAAUCUCCAGAAGGUCCAUCAAACAAAGACAGAGAAGUGAUAUUAGAAAGAGGGUUUCGGGCUCCGAAGCCAACAGAACAACCCUUAGACAAGAAAACUGUUUUAACUCACGUUAAGAAACUGGAGAAGGCAACAAAGGAAGUUCCUGACAGACCUUCAUUGGCGUUUCCAGGGAAUUACUUCUGCCCUCCUUCAAAGGAGGAGCUGGAGGAAACAGAGAAGAGGGCCAGCGAGCCCAUUUUUGGGACUUUUGAUGUUGUUCGGCCCGGUGGGUCACGUAGGAGGAGGGAGGGGGAUCCAGAGAAUGUAUACAGCGAGCCAGGUGCUCCGUCCAUAAACCCUCUACCUAAACCUCAGAGAACCUUCCAGCACCACACACCACCCGCUACCCCAACUUCAGGGGCCGGCUCGGGAAAGGGGAAGAGGAACUUGCCCCCUUUACCCUCUAUUCCUCCUCCACCUUUACCAACUUGCCCACCGCCUGGAGUUUGCAGGAGACCCUGGGCUGACAAAGCCCGGGAUAGCAGUAACAGGAAGUCGUAUGAAUUCGAGGAUCUGCUCCAGUCGUCUUCGGAAAGCUGCAGGGUGGACUGGUAUGCUCAGUCCAGACUGGGCCUAACACGCACUUUAUCAGAAGAGAAUGUCUACGAGGACAUAAUAGAUCCUCCCUCCAAGGAGAACCCCUAUGAAGAUAUAGAGCUGGAGAGAAGUUGUUUGGGAAGCAAGUGUGUCUCACCCGCCUCCUCGUCGCCUGUCCCUGACACGCCAACUAAGCUCGCCUCCAAGCCCGGCUUCUUUAGGCAAAACUCGGAACGGCGAAGUUUUAAGCUCCUGGAACUGCGCAAGACCGGCAGGGACACUGGCGUUUACUCACCCUCUCGUGUCAGCCCCCCCUCCACACCAAGCAGCCCCGACGACACCCCCUGCCUUUCAGGAGACCCAUACAAUCGCAGACGGAGGAAAAUUCCCAAGAUGGUGGUGAAAAUCAAUGGCAUCUUUGAGGCACGAAGAGGGAAGAAGCGCAUGAAGAGAGUGUCUCAGUCUACGGAGUCCAGCUCAGGGAGAGUGACAGAUGAGAACAGUGAGUCGGAAAGUGACACGGAGGAGAAACUGAAAGCACACAGCCAGCGGCUGGUAUCAGUUCAGUCCAUGCUGCGGCAGACGGGCCGCUACCGAACUUUAGAGAGGGAUCUACUGGAGUUGCAGGAGAGAAAACUCUUUGAGUAUUUCAUAGUUGUUGCACUUCACAAGACCAAGGCGGGAGUUCCAUACCUGCCAGAAGUCACGCAGCAGUUUCCUCUCAAGCUUGAGAGGAGCUUUAAGUUUAUGCGGGAGACGGAGGACCAACUGAAGGUCAUCCCUCAGUUCUGUUUCCCUGAUGCCAAAGACUGGGCGCCUGUCGACAACUUCCCCAGUGAGACAUUCUCAUUUGUCCUGACUGGUGAGGAUGGAAGCAGGCGGUUUGGCUACUGUCGGCGAUUACUGCCCAGUGGUAAGGGCCGGAGGCUCCCUGAGGUUUACUGCAUCGUCAGCCGCCUCGGCUGCUUCGACCUCUUCUCCAAGAUCCUGGACGAGGUGGAAAAGAGGAGAGCCAUCUCCCCGGCUCUCGUGCAGCCUUUUAUGAGAGGCAUCAUGGAAGCUCCCUUCCCUGCUCCAGGACGGACCAUCACUGUCAAAAACUUCCUCCCGGGCUCUGGGACAGAGGUCAUCGAGUUGUGUCGACCAUCAGAUUCCCGUCUGGAACACGUGGACUUUGAAUGUCUCUUCUCCUCCUUGAGUCUGCGCCUCCUCCUGCGAGUGUUUGCCUCUCUCCUGCUGGAGCGCAGGGUCAUCUUCACUGCUGACAAACUCAGCACAUUGUCUCAGUGUUGCCAUGCAGUAGUGGCUCUGCUCUACCCCUUCACGUGGCAGCACACGUACAUCCCCGUGCUCCCGCCGUCCAUGUUGGACAUCGUCUGCACUCCCACGCCCUUCAUAGUCGGCCUGCUCUCCAGCUCUCUGCCUCGACUCAAGGAGCUGCCCAUCGAAGAAGUCCUGGUGGUCGACCUCGGCAACAGCCGCUUCCUACGACAGCUGGAUGAUGAGGACUCCAUUCUUCCUCACAAGCUGCAGGCAGCUCUGGAGCAUGUGCUGGACAAGAGGAGGGAGCUGGCCUGUGAGAAAGGAGACCUGCCCAAUGACUCCAGCUCCCUCAGCACGGUGGUGUCGGAGGCCUUCGUGCGUUUCUUCGUGGAGAUGGUGGGUCACUACUCGCUCUUCAUGGGCGGAGCGGAGCGGGAGGACGAGUCUGUCUCCUCCCCCACCUUGACCGGCCCCUCCUCCUCCGCCUCCUCGUCCUUCCAGCGCGACGCCUUUCGCAAAGCGGUCACUUCCAAGAGCCUGAGAAGGUUUCUGGAGGUGUUCAUGGAGACCCAGAUGUUCACCGGCUUCAUCCAGGAGAGGGAGCUGCGCAGGCAGGGUCUCAGAGGUCUGUUUGAGGUGAGAGCCCAGGAGUAUCUGGACUCACUGCCUGGGAGCGAACAACGGGGAGUCAACAAGUUCCUCAAGGGCCUAGGAAACAAGAUGAAAUUCCUUUCCAAGAAGUGAUGCUCGGAGUCGGGAUGCCAUCUGUAACAGUUGGAGAGAGAAUCACAAAGAGUUGUUGCGUAAGAGAGAAGAAGAAAACGUGCUCUCUGGACUUGGACAACGCAGAGAUGGAGACAUGUCUUUAGGGCCCUUGAAGUGAACUGGACUCAGUUUGUGAGCAUGAGGGAACCCGGGGAAAGUUGGGGUCUACUGUAGCACCCAGCUUCCUCAGCCAGUCGUUCCACUGGUGCUGUGAAGGGUUCACUUCAGCUCGGACCAAAACAUGACGAGUCAAUGUCCAAGGUUUUUGGUGGGUUCCAGGCUACAGUCAAUCCCAACAGUGCAUUACUGUACAGCACAGUGUGAAUGUGUUUAGGAACCUUGUUCUCCCGUCUUCAGUCGCUGACUCCACCUGUAAACCUGUGAGCAGGAGCCACCGAAGAUCCACUUUUGUACAAUACGUUCUCAUACAUUCCAAGUAUUUUCUAUAGAAUCUUUUAUAAAUUCAAUAGUACAACUUCUUCUUCAACAGGAGGCUUUUUAAGUUAAUUUAUAUUCUUCUUUUAGACAAAAUUAAUCUUUCCUUAAAAUGAGUGCAAAUAAAUAUCCUUUAGUUUGUAAUAGGCUUUAUUUAACAGAGUCUAGUCCAGACUGUUUGUAGACCACUUUGGGUUGUCGGGUAUAUGUACCACUGUCUUAAGUAAAUGAACUUUCAUUGGAAAAAAGGAAGGAGCCGCAAAAGAGAGAGACUGAGGAAAGUUUCAAGAGAACUGAACCGUGUGAAUACAUCUGUCACGUGGGUUUCAGUGUAGGAUGUGGAUCGGUGUGAAGUUGAAGAAUGAUGUGUAUCUUAGGUCAAUCGGUGUGCUUCACAACAACUAGAUCUGCCUUGAACUCGAUUGAGAAUGCAAUCAAACUUUAUAAAUAAAGUGAUUUGAAUUAGA